AUGCGUGAGUGUGUCUCAGUACACGUGGGCCAGGCCGGUGUGCAGAUCGGAAACGCCUGCUGGGAGCUGUUUUGUUUGGAACAUGGCAUUCAGCCUGACGGACAGAUGCCCAGCAAUAAGACUGUGGGAGGAGGAGACGACGCCUUUAACACCUUCUUCAGUGAAACGGGAGCUGGGAAACACGUCCCCAGAGCUGUGUUUGUGGAUCUGGAGCCCACCGUCAUUGAUGAGGUGCGAACAGGAACCUACCGCCAGCUGUUCCACCCGGAGCAGCUCAUCACUGGGAAGGAGGACGCUGCUAAUAACUAUGCUCGCGGUCACUACACCGUCGGGAAAGAGAUCAUCGAUGUUGUCCUGGACCGCAUCAGGAAACUGUCGGAGCAGUGCACUGGGCUGCAGGGCUUCCUGGUGUUCCACAGUUUCGGUGGAGGCACUGGCUCAGGAUUCACCUCGCUGCUGAUGGAGCGUCUGUCUGUGGACUUUGGGAAGAAGUCAAAGUUAGAGUUCGCCAUCUACCCGGCGCCACAGGUGUCCACUGCGGUGGUGGAGCCGUACAACGCCAUCCUGACCACGCACACCACUCUGGAGCACUCGGACUGCGCCUUCAUGGUGGACAACGAGGCCGUGUACGACAUCUGCCGGCGCAACCUGGACAUCGAGCGCCCCACCUACACCAACCUGAACCGUCUGAUGAGCCAGAUAGUGUCCUCCAUCACCGCCUCCCUGCGCUUCGACGGCGCCCUGAACGUGGACCUCACAGAGUUCCAGACAAACCUGGUGCCGUAUCCUCGCAUCCACUUCCCACUGGCUACAUACGCUCCGGUCAUCUCAGCGGAGAAGGCUUUCCACGAGCAACUGACCGUGUCAGAGAUUACCAGCGCCUGUUUUGAACCCGCCAAUCAGAUGGUGAAGUGCGACCCUCGCCACGGCAAGUACAUGGCGUGUUGCCUGCUGUACCGCGGGGACGUGGUUCCCAAAGACGUCAACUCUGCCAUCGCCUCCAUCAAGAACAAACGCACUGUGCAGUUUGUGGACUGGUGUCCCACCGGCUUCAAGGUGGGCAUCAACUACCAGCCGCCCACUGUGGUCCCAGGAGGAGACCUGGCCAAGGUCCAGAGAGCCGUCUGCAUGAUGAGCAACACCACCGCCAUCGCCGAGGCCUGGGCUCGACUCGACCACAAGUUUGACCUGAUGUACGCUAAGAGGGCCUUCGUCCACUGGUAUGUGGGGGAGGGCAUGGAGGAGGGGGAGUUCUCUGAGGCCAGGGAGGACAUGGCAGCCCUGGAGAAGGACUAUGAGGAGGUGGGCGCUGACUCUGUGGAGGAGGGAGAGGAGGGAGAGGAGUACUGA